UAUAUAUUCUUGUGCGCUUAUACACCUCGUUUAGUAACAAAGUAGUAUUGUGUGAAUAAGAUAGAGAAGCUGGUGCUUAUGAUCCAGUUCCUUUCGAAGGCGUAGAGGAGAAAAUGAGCAGAUGAACAAGAAAACCUAUUAUGAAAACGAGACCGAAAAAAUUAAGCGUCAGUUUAUCAUAGCGUGCGAUGAACUGCAGAUAUAUGGAUAAGACCCCGCACUACCGUACUGUCAAUGUCAGUGAGUAGAUUUUCCAAAUAAAAAUUUUUGCUCCUAGUGAAAUUAUAAACGCACGCAGCGUGCUAAUUGCUUAUUUUUAAUACUUCAGUAUAAUAUAUACUUCAGUAGAGUUAUAUUUUUAGCACAAUCGUGUCUGAUGUCGCGUAAUUUUCGAUGACGAUAUGAAAUGACAUGAACUUCUGGAGAAAUUGCGUUAGCAUUCGAGCGCUUCGUAAAGGCUGCUCCUCUGAGAGCUCGUUCGACAUCGUUUGUAUUGGGAGGUUCAUCUAUUUACCAUCAUCUCUAUCUUUUUCAUGUGAAACUUUUCUAAUCCUCAUUCAUUAUCUAAAUCAUCCCCUGUUGGGAUUAAACAGAACACGGCCUUUUGAGCCCGCCUUGAAGUAUGCGUGAUGUAUUCUAUUGCGGUUCGUGAUACUGAUUAAUUUGCCAGCAAUUGUCUAGCCGCCGUGAAUUUAUUUGAUAGUGAUAAAGUCCCUCUCGAACGUAAUACUUGUUAAGAAAAGCGAAUAAACGGACGGCGAAGACCGUCCUAUUCGCAACGUCUCUAUUUGAGUUUUCGAUAGAAUUAAAGGUAGGGAUGCUAGGUGAAAUGUAAAUCAAGGCAAUCCCUCUGCUUGCGGUGUAUAUUACCGGCCUAAAUAACUCGAAGGCAUCCUGUAGAUUUCCUCGUCAAUCGCUCAAUUAGAUACUUAAACGAGCCGAACGAUCGCGUACAUCCGCGGACCGUUAGACGCUGCUUCUGUCCAAUAGGCGAAUAGACCUCCCUUGUAGCCCUAGUAGGUAAUGUUAACACUUAACGCUUACCAGCGGUCUGCGCUUUGUGUCAGGCCAGCCUUUUUCGCACAAAGUUCUAUUUAGAUUUGUUGAAAUGUAGCUGAUGCAAAACAACCUAAUUAUUGGUUACGUUAAUUAUUAAAGACAUUUUUUUUGUUUUUUGAAAUAUAUGUAGAGUUAUUACUGCAGCCCGAUGCUGCACCGGCUAUUGCUGCGAUAUAAGAUGCCGAUGGAAAGGGCCGAAUGACGGUGCCCUUUCCGUUCCGGGAACAUCCGACAUCUUCUAUUUAUUUAUUAAAAUUUUGUGGGAACUCCACUUGUGUAAGGCUCAGGCCGCCACAAUGAAGCUUAUGGUGUUGCAAACAAUCGUUUUCGUGGUUUCAGCAGAGAAAUCCUUGUUAGUUUUCGCAAACGGAGCGCGAACAGCCGGAGACAGCGGAGAUUACUAUGGAGACAGACGCAGUUCGCGCAUGGCGGCCUUUCAGGCUCCAGUGCUGCCUACUCCGGUGCGUUCUAGUCGAGUCUAUCUGCCGGGUCUGGUAACCCUUGCGUCACCUACCGCCCAUCGAACUUAUGCUUGCACCAAUCCCCACAGAGUAACAACAGCUGGGCGACACCGCAACCAGCAACUAUCCUCCAGUGUGGCAUCGUUCCCGUUACUGCCUGUGCCUUCGGUGCCCAGAAGCACAGUUAGUUCCUAUCAGCAGCUGCCGCUAGCAACUCAAAAAAGAAUAGCUGUAGGCUCUUCUCCAGUGGGUCUGAAGCACGAUUUAAUAAUAGUUAGUGACAGCAACAGCAACGGCGGAGGCGGCCGUUUAAACGGGAAACGGACGCCGGCGGGGUAUCGUGCGGUGUCCCCUGCCACACUGACAGGGGCGGCCACCACCCCAAGCGAAAAUGCUGCUGUCGGCGGCCGUCCGCCUUUCCAACGGAUGACCGGUUAUGUGAGGCUUCCGACUGCGGUUUCGCAUCAGCGCAACCAUCACAGCGCCACCGCUGCCGGUGAAUAUUAUUGACAAACGUGUCCGUUAGGAAACAGUGAUACAGUGAUCAAACCCUACGGAAAGGGGAUUUGAUAUAUUGGCCUUAUUAUGGAACUUCCUUGCAAAUUCAUAUCACGAACUAAAUAUACGUUUAUAUUGUCUGAUGUAAAUGUCGUACUGAAGAUUUGGGUCGAAGUAAAAUAAAGGAAACAGGUGGAAG